AUGACAGAGGAACGAGAAAGAAACAUCAACCGGGAACUAAUAAACGAGAGUCCUUACAGCAUUCGUCCUGAAUGUCGACGACUGAUAAUACCAGCAGAAAAGUGGCUAGGAAUGUCAAAAGAACAGAAGGAGAGAAGGUUGAAAGAAUUCCAGAAGAUUCCGUUGUCGAAAGCGUUUGGAGUUAGUACUUCCGCUACCAUUUCCUCCAUUUCUUCAAUACUAGAGGCAGCAACAGAAGGAAUGCCUUCUUCUUCUGGCAAGAAACCGGGGCAGAGUGGAAGACGUGGUGGACGACGAAGCCUGUCUUCUCACAGGGACACAACUGGAUUCCGACCAAGAAUAACCGUUACUGAAGAGCAUUCCUCGGGCGCCAGGGACACAAGUGAGUUCCAGCCAAGGGAAACAGCCAGCGACUUGCAGUCAUCUAUGCCUACAGAUACGAGUGGGUCCCACGAGCCUCAGUCAUCUGAGCGUCUGUACACAUGCACUUGGAUAAAAGACACGAAAGCGUACAUGUGCUACGGAUGUGACUAUCCACUCAGGCCCAAGCCAACUGGUCAGCCAAGUGACGCGCUGCCCCCUGCACCCUUUGAUGUUAUCUUGUGCCGCAAGGAGCUGAGAAUGUACAAAACCAGAGCGGGCGCUCUCACCUUCUCGGUGCAGCCUCAGAAUGUCUAUUACCAUUUAAAGAAAACAUGUGUGUUAAAUAAAAACAAACAUUUUGCCACAGAAGAUCUAUGUGUUAAGCUUGCUGGACUAGAAGCUGUUCACAUUCAUCAACUGCGCAAAGAAUUCGGCUUCAUAAUUCAAAGUGAUUAA